AUGGCCACCACCGUAACCCUCCCAGCGGAGACGAUCGACGACCUCAUCUACGACGCCCGCUCCGGCGACCUCGCCGCCCUGCAGGAGGAUCUCGCCGCCUGCAGCGCGCAAUUCGCCAACGCAUCGCAGGGUAGCAUUGUGGCCGCGGUCAUCGACGCCGCCCCGGAAGCCGAGGGCGGCAGCGGCUCCAGCCUGUUGCAUUUCCCGGCUGCGAAUGGGAAUUUUGAAAUCCUAAACUACCUCCUCGGCCUCCUCGCCGCCGAGGACGAGGUUACGCGCCGCCGAAUCGUCAACCACCGGAACCACUCCGGCAACACGCCGCUGCACUGGGCGGCGCUGAACACGCAUCUGGAGUGCGUGAAGGCGCUGGUUGAGGCCGGCGCGGACAGCUCGAUCAAGAACGAGGCCGGGCUCGAUCCGGUGUUUUUGGCUGAGCGUGCGGACUGGUCGGCGCAGGAGGAGGAUGGUGCGGCUUCGUCAGCGUCGGCAGAGGGUGCGGGUGAGCAGGAUGCUGAUGCCGCCGCCGCGGCGGAUCCCGGCAAGAUGUCCAAGGGGAGACAGGUGGUUGAGUGGAUGCUGAGCGCUGAGGUGGCGGCUGCUGGCGGCGAUUCUGAGACGGUGGUUGCCUCCGCUGGGGUGCCGGUUACUGGCAAUGGGGAUGGGGAGACGAACUGA